AUGGACUUGGUUAAAUUCUUUCAUAUGAAUGGUGGAGUUGGAGAUGCAAGUUAUUUAAAUAACUCAGGACUUCAGCGAAUGGGGAUAAUGAAAACAAGACGGAUAAUAGAAGAAGCAAUUAGCAACCUGUGUAAGAGCAACAUCAUCAAGUAUCCCAAAACUCUAGUAAUGGCUGAUCUUGGAUGUUCACUGGGACCGAAUACACUUCUAGUGGGAUCGAUGGUGAUCGAUGAGGUAGCCAAGACUAGCCAAGAAAUGGGUCUAAAUCCUCCUGAAGUUCAAAUCAACUUAAACGAUCUCCCAACCAAUGAUUUUAACACCAUUUUUUGUGCACUACAUGAACGCGAAAAAAAAUUAAACACCGAGAAAAUAACUGAUGUACACUACAGUCCACCUUCGUGUUAUUUCACUGGUGUGCCAGGUUCAUAUUUUGGCAGGCUUUUUCCAGCCGAAUCACUAAAUUUCGUCCACUCUUCCUAUAGUCUACAUUGGUUGUCACAGCUUCCUAAACUGAGAGAGAUAAAUAAAGGGAACGUAUACUUGGCAAGUACGACCCCAGAAAGCGUCAGUAAAGCAUACUACGAACAAUUUCAAGCGGAUUUCUUGCAAUUUUUGAGGUGUCGUUCGGAGGAGAUGAUGGUUGGAGGGCGGAUGGUUUUAACAUUUGCCGGUAGGACGACUGAGGAUCCUCGUGGUGAAGAAAGUUAUUAUUACCUUUGGAGGCCUUUGGCCAUGGCUCUUCAGGAAAUGGUAUCUGAGGGCCUUGUAGACGAAGUAAAAUUGGAUUCAUUCAACCUUCCUUGGUUUACAGCAUCUCCUACUGAGAUAAUGAAAUUGGUGGAGAUUGAAGGUUCCUUCACAAUCGAUCACAUCGAGAUUUUUGAUGUGAACUGGGAGGCUUGGAAAACAAAGAAAUACGAUAACGAUAACGAUAAUGAUGCAUCAACCGAUGAUAAUGGUGUAGGACAUGCUGUGGCAAAGAGUGUAAGGGCUGGGAUUGAGACAUUAGUUGCUAAUCACUUGGUGAAGCAAUAGUCGACGAUGUUUUCAUGAGAUAUGCAAAAUUUCUAACCGGGCGAAAAUCAAAGAAGGAAGGCGAAGUUGUAGUCUCCAUAACUGUCUCUUUGAUUCGAAAAGGGUAAUCUAUGUUAUAAGCCUAA